AAGGUCAAGUGUGUGAGUCACAUGGUUGAAACCAGGAAACAGAGAAGUGGUGCAUAUCCAGUCACUUCCCUCAUCUUUACAGCAGGACCAAAGCGUUUCAGACUUCAGUGAACUGACUUAUCAAUCAUGAUAGGAAACCGAGUGGAACAUGAAGUCUCCACAGUUAAGGACUGUCAAAAUGGAAUCUCUAUGGAGCUCUUUCUGCAUCUUUCACUCAUACCAGCAGUUGUGAUCUUAGGUGUGCUCUCAUUCCUCCAGAAGAGAGCCCAGAAACUGGCCAUCGAUCACAGACUGCCCUUCCUGCGGGGACGUUUUGCCAUUGUGGUGCCUUUGGAUACUAUAGGCAGCCUCAGUAAUCGUUGGUCUUAUGGGUUUGCAUAUGGUGCUGUGUCCUCCAGCGUCCUUCUGCUCUUUUCGGAACAUUACAUCCCCUUCUCUUUCCCGGCGUGGGCCCGAGCUAUAGUGUAUCUGGUUGGAGCUUUAGAGGUGGGCCUGGUCUUUUUCCCUUUCUUUGCCUGUCUGUCAACACCUUUCAGAGCGGCUGGUGCAGUUCUGGGAAUAUUCUACUCUUUGGCCUGGAUCAUUGUUACAGUCUGGGAUUCAUUCACCUGUCCCAGUGGUAAGAUUCUAGGUAAAUACCAGAAGUGGAUUGUCCAGUGGCCCUGCAUUCUCUCCUUGAUCUUUCUUCUAGGACGAUUUCUUUACAUGCUGGUUAAAGCAGGUCGAAUACAAGUGGAACAAGAGGGCCCUGAAGAGCUGAUUGAGCAACACCAGGUACAGCAUGUAAAGAGACUGCUGAGGAAAACACCUGCAAACAGUGAGACCCUCAACUGGUUCCAGCGCAGAGUGUAUGAGUGGGACCCUUACUUCAAGUUUCCCAACAGAAUCAUCGGCACUGUCAUUAUAUCCCUUAUAGGACUGUAUACGAUGACCUUGGUAGACUACAGUCUCAGUAAUAUGGCUUUUGACAGAAUAGACAGGUGGAAGAAUACACUUAAACAGCUGGUUACGUCUUGUAACCAGACUGAAGCUCUUGAAGUCAUGAUACCACAGCUGGAAGAAUUCAUCGACGUGGCUAGGAAGUCUUGGCUAGCUACCACCAUCUUUUCUACUCUCAACUCUGCAGCCUAUUGCUUCCAUGUCUUGGCAUGUUACAGAAAACACAUGAAGAGGCUGUGGAAAGGGCAGAAGGGUUUUCUUCCUGAAAAGUUUCACAACCCUAGAUCUGCUGUCAGCGUAGCUUGCAUUGCAAGAUACUCUGGUUGGCAAAUAGCAUUUACACUGUGGGGGUUCCUGAUUGUCCACUUUAUUUACUUCCUCUUUGCUAUGCUAUUGGUCUAUUUGCUGGUUCUUCCUGUACAGCAUGGAAAAGCACUGACCAUGCUCACCAACCUGGGGGUUAUACUUCUGACCAUCGGUCUAGUCAUCGGCCUGGUGAUUCUCCAGAUAGUUCUGGUUCAGAUCUUUUUCCUUCAGGACAAAAUGUCUCCCACUGAUAAACAAAAACCUUUGGCUCUUAAUAACAGGAAGGGGUUCCACUGCUUCAACUACUUCUUCUUUUUCUACAACGUGGUGAUGGGGAUCAGCAACUGCAUAGUGAGGUUGCUGUGCAGCGUUGUGGUGGGAACAUGGCUGGUGUCACGCCUAGACCGGACCAUUAUGCAGAGAGGAUAUGAAACCAUGGAUGCAGGCUACAGGACUUGGAUUGGGAUGAUCUUUGCUGACCACUAUCAUAACAAUCCAGUCAUGUUGUGUUUCUGCCAACUGCUGGUCUCCAACACGCUGGAGAAAAACACAGCAUCUGCAUACUCCACAUUCCGCAAUGUGUCAUCUGAAUCCCCUGUGAACAACCGGAGCAGCAGGCGUUGGAUGUUGCUUUAUACCUUACUGAGGAACCCUCAUCUGAUCCUGCUCAGAAAGCACCACCUCCCCUCAUCUUCAUCAUUACACACAUCAUCAUCUCCCCAGUCGGACACACUUGUGCAAGCUUGCUUCAUGGCUUCUCAAACACAGAGUCAUCAAGCAGAGAUCACAGUCACACCAGCAGAAGACUGUUAAUGACACAUUUCCAUUGAUUGUGAUCAUGUAAAAAAUAUAGGUUAGAAUCCAAAAUUGUUUGUGUGGUUAGGUGGUGGAUCCCCAUGCGGUGGAAGGAGCACUGUGGUGUUUUCAAUGUCAUUUCAAAAUAUUGAGCACCAACAUCUGACUGAAAAGAUAUUUUCUAGUUAAUGUUCAUCAAUAAUUAUGUCACCAUUCUAUCAGCCUCAGUAGACAUAUCAUUUCAUGAGAUCAUGUACCACAAAACGGUUGUAUAGUUUGAGUUUAAGGGGCUUAAUAAGUGUGUUGUUGUCUGGAAUAUGUACAAUUUUAUUCACUCUUGAGUUCAGACUGUUUAUGCCCUGCCUGUAUCUUAACUCGGUAAAGUCUAGACCUAAAGUCUUCGCGAAUUUUUAAGCCAAGGAGCCCUUAACUAAAGGAAGACGGAUCAGGAACCCCCUACUACAUAUUGUUUAAAAUUAGUUUAAAAUUAGCUUUUAAAACUGGACUUACAAUAACAUGUUGAGCGGCCUAAAGCCAUUAUACCUUUUACUGCAUUGACUACUAAGCUAUUAAAUGAUAUUUGGCAUAAUAUUAAAAAUCAUGUUUUAAUGUUAAACAUACAUGUGGCACAGUGAAUGAUUUGGUAUGAACUGUAUCUGUGGGUGGAUAUCUUAGAGAUUACUUUACCUACAUGCCAGUAAGCCUAUCUUUAUAUUUGCUAAUAAUAGACAUUUUAAACUUUCUAAAUGAAACUUUUAAAACAUUAAGAAUUUGGUGGCCCCCCUGAAGUAACUCUGAGGACCCCUAGGAGUCCCGGACCCCUUGAUGAUGAUCUCCAGUCUAGACCUUGACCUUUGUACACAGUCACUAGAACCAAUGAAGCAUCUAUUAUAAAACUAGAUGUGAUGCACUACAGCCGGCCAUUUUUCCAUCUGACAACAUUUUUUUUAAAUUAAGAUCAAGUGAGUUAUACAGCCAUAUUGCUUGUCAUUCUAGGUUGUGUUGCAAAACGUAACUAGCUAAAAAUGUUUAUACAUAGCUGCUGUACCCAUGCUGUAUACUUUCAAUAAUCCUUGUGGUGGCACUUCAUGGUGGUCAUGCAAUUUGUAGAACUCUGCAUGUGUUAGGCCUGAAACAAGUAGGCUUCUACUGUGUAUUUGGAAGUUGCUGCCACACAAACAAAUCUGCUCGGGGAAAAAAAGGUAAAAG